UCUUCAGGAGAAGUCUAGAGAAGUUCAUAGGCUGCGUUUUACUUUUGCUGUCAAACCUUUCACAUUUUUUGUUGCAGAAUCAAAUAUUUGUAUUUCUGCUGUUGUGUCGUUUUAGAUAAUGCCUUCGCCUGCGUUGAAAACGCCUGUGCUUUUUUGUGCGAUAUAAACUAGCGUAAGGGAGAGCUUGAAAGAAUAGGCUGUCGUUUGUUUUCCAAUAAAAUGGCAGAUCUCCACAUCUUGCAGCCGAGUGGUACUGAUACUGAUCAUCCUGACCAGCACCAGCGGCGCGUUCCAGUCGCCUCCCCUGCAGUGAUGAUCGCUACACACGGAGGUGUAAAAUGCCACGGGCUGUCAGUACGUUCAAUAGCAGGAUAUCCCCGCAAAAAUAACACAGGCGCGCCGUCAGAAAAACCUGGCACACGUUGGGUACGACUGAACGUCGGCGGCACCUUAUUCUGCACCACCCGACAGACACUCUGCAGGGACCAAAAAUCGUUUCUGUUUAGAUUGUGCCAAGAUGAUCCAGAUCUGGAAUCGGACAUGGAUGAGACAGGGGCCUAUCUGAUUGACAGGGACCCCACCUAUUUUGGCCCUGUCUUGAAUUACUUGCGACAUGGCAAGCUGAUCAUUAAUAAAGACUUGUCAGAAGAGGGUGUCUUGGAAGAGGCAGAGUUCUAUAACAUUGCUGCUCUGGUUCGAAUGGUGAAGGAGCGGAUUCGGGACAAUGAGAACAGAACAUCACAAGGUCCGGUGAAGCAUGUGUACAGAGUCCUUCAGUGUCAGGAGGAAGAACUCACCCAGAUGGUCUCCACCAUGUCCGAUGGCUGGAAGUUUGAACAGCUCAUCAGCAUCGGGUCAUCAUACAACUAUGGUAACGAGGACCAGGCAGAGUUUUUGUGUGUGGUGUCUCGGGAGCUGAACAACUCCAUUAAUGGCCUAGUUGUGGAACCCACAGAAAAAGCCAAGAUUCUCCAGGAGCGAGGGUCACGAAUGUGAGUUAAGGGACACCCACACCUGUCCCAUUGACCCAGGAGGCCUCGUGUCUCUCCCCAGCUACAACCUUCAAACACAACCUUCUCUCCGCUGCCAGAGGGCCUGCUGGCUCACCAGGGUCACGGAUCACCAGGGCAGUACUCUGUCUAGCUGACUGUAUCAAAUGCUCCUGGAAAGGUUAUAUUCAGUUGGAUUUGGGAGCCCUUGAUGUUGUACUGACCUUGCUCUCACAGGCAACCAAAAAACCCACCAACAUACCACCCUGCCAAACACACCAAAAAUCCACCAACAUACCACCCAGCCAAACACACCAAAAAUCCACCAAAACAAUAGGUAUAAUGUAUUUUGCUACUCUGUAAUACAGGCUGUAUAACUGUAAUACACAUCUGUACGCAAAUUUAACAGUUCACAGUGACAGUGAUUGCCUGUUUGCAUAUGUCCCAUUAGUUACCCUUGUCGUGUGUAUGUUCACAUGAGAAAGAAGAGCUAAUGAGUUGUGGGUGUAUUUGCUGGCCUCCCCUUGUGUAAGUCCUGGCUUGGCAAAACCACAAAAUAAAUCAAAUACAGGUUGUCAGCUACAGUAAGAAAGACAGCACUUAGUGGAAAUAAUUAUAUUUAUUUUAAUAGUUUGUCCCGUAAUCAGAUCAGUGUAAAGGGAAGUAUUGAACAUUGUGUCAGAACAAUACAGUAACAUGAUUGUUAUGUGACGCUAACGACUUCUUGCACUGUAACCACUGCUUUCCCAGCAUCAGCUUGGUGUUCUUAGUAGCCAGUCUUAUGUCAUAUUUAAGUAAUUACACUGUAUUCAUUCCUACUUACCAGAAAUUCUGGAAUCCAGGAAUUCAUCAUAAACUUGUUGCAGUUGCAAUAGAUGUCCUGUAAAGUAUGUGACUUGGUGUCUACCGAAGCUCAGGACGCUUCAGGCAGCAAGGCGGAGAGGAGAUUCGAAAUGAUUGGUUGAAACUGAGUUGAAAAUUGGUCAUAGAACCAUGAUCUAGUCCUCCUUGCAGCCGUGUGACUGAAUAUCAGGAAUGUAAGAGGUUUCACACAAAUGAAGUGUUUCACACAAAACAGAAGAAAUACCACCUUACUGCUGCCUGACAAUGCUGAAUACAACAAAUCUAUCAGAUCACUGCACACACACACACAAGAUCAUUGUAAGAUCAUCAAAUGCACUCGUUUUGCCAAUCUCCCUAUUCUCUGAAGACAGAUCAGAUCAUUUGGCUUUUGAUAUUUAGGGGCAUGAUCUGUUAUUUCUGUAUUAUCAGCAAUGAGGUGUCUGAAUCUUGUAUGGCAGGGUUACCAGAAACAGCUUAACCACUAGGGAACCCUGAGCAUUGUCAUCUGAUCACAUUAGUGAAAACUCUGUAGUCAGUGAUAAUAUAGGGAUUGGUACUGGGAUACUUGGAUUAAGAAUUUAAAUGUUCCUUCGAUGGCUGUUAAUAGUAAGUUAACUCCUGUAGACUUUGCAGUUGAUUCUCUGCAUAAAUUCUGUCUUAUUGAGUGGAGCUAUUUCUAACACAUGUUGUGCAAGUAAGUAUUUAAUUUACUGAAUGCAAAAAUAAUACAUUUGAAAUGUUUGAAUCAUCACUGUAUGCUGAUCAAUGUAAAUUUGUAUUGCUUUGUAUUGCCUUUUUAUAUUAUUAACAUUAAAUCAUACCUUUUUGAAAGGUAAACUGUUCAUUUAACUCACAAAUAUGCACAAAUUUAACAACUGCACUGUGAUGAAAUAAAAGUCUGUGUGGUACUGAA